AAUUUAGGUCUGACCCUGUUAACGACAGCAGAAGUGGAAGAAGCAGAAGGGAGAAGAGAAGAGGGCAACCGUCAACAUGAUGAAGCCGGCUGUACCAAUCGUCGCCCUUGUGGCCAUAGGGCUGCUGUUGCUCGUUGUGUACCCACCCACCGUUGCUGGUGGCUGGAUAUGUCAUCCUGAAACCGACCAGAACGCAUAUACAAGGAAGAAAAUCGACUGCAACAAGUUUCCGGGUGCGGCAAGCGUGAGUGGGUGCCAAGCUCUGUGUGACAAUGACUCCAAGUGUUACGGAAUAGUUUACGCAGAUAUCAACUGGCCCAAAGGCAAGUUCUGCUGCUUCCUCAAAAGUAAAAUCGACCCUAGCAAGUGGCAGAACCAGGUGGGCCGCACUCUCUGUGAGUACGAAUAAGAGGAUUGAGUCCGAUUGACAGAACAACUGCAGUGGACUAUCGGUUCCAGCUGCGGUUUGAACGGCAGUGUUGCACUGAAGAAGAAGAGCUAUCUAUUCACCACUGGUAGUGCCAGCUGCACUCAAGAAGAGCGAAGCACGCAAAGCAAAGACAAGAAGCACCACCGGUCCGGGGGAGAGCAGCACCAGAGUGUAGUASUAUAGAUGGUAUCAUCACGAUGGGACACUUGUCAUAUUGUUGCCUACGUCAGCUGCACUGCUGCCGYGCUGCCGUAAUCAACUGCAAUUUAUGUG